AUGGAUUUCCCGAUGGAAACUGCUCCUGCACCCGCUCCUAUCAUUUCAUCUAUUGGUCAACCUGAUUUAGUAGACGACAUAAAACUGUUUGGAAAGUGGCAGCUUAUGAACGUGGAUAUCAGCGACAUGAGCUUAGUGGAUCAUAUAGCAGUAAAAGACAAACAUGCCAAGUAUCUGCCUCAUUCUGCUGGUCGGUAUCAAGUGAAGAGGUUUCGAAAGAACCAGUGCCCGAUUGUUGAACGACUCGUCUGUUCGCUGAUGAUGCAUGGGCGCAACAACGGCAAGAAACUGAUGGCAAUUAGAAUCGUCAAACACGCGUUCGAAAUAAUCAACCUUCAGACGGGAGACGUACGUUAUGAUCAUUAG